AUGAACACGUCCUGUAACAGUACCCUGCAGGCCUGGCUGACCUUGGAGAACCCCGUGGCCAAGGCCUACACAGGCUCGCUGCUGGUGCUGGGCCUGCUGCUGAACGGCCUGGCGCUCUGGGUGCUGUGCUGCCGCCUCCCGCAGUGGACGGAGACGCGAGUCUACAUGACCAACCUGGCAGCCGCCGACCUGUGUCUGCUCUGCUCCUUGCCCUUCAUGCUCUACUCCUUGAAGGGACAGGAGGACACGCUGCUCUGCCAGCUCUCCCAGGCCAUCUACCUGGUCAACAGGUACAUGAGCAUUAGCCUGGUCACCGCCAUCGCCGUGGACCGCUACCUGGCCGUGCGGCACGCCCUGCGAGCCCGCGGGCUGCGCUCGCCCCGCCAGGCUGCGGCCGUGUGCGCGGUGCUCUGGGCUCUGGUGACCAGCUCCCUGGUGCUGCGCUGGGUGCUGGGCAUGCAGGACGGCGGCUUCUGCUUCUCCAGCUCCUCCAAGCGGCCCAACAACACCAUGCUCUUCUCCCUCCUGGGCUUCUACCUGCCGCUGGCCCUGCUGGUCUACUGCUCCCUGCAGGUGCUGCUCAGCCUGGCCCGGAGGCCUGCUGCCGACCCCGCGCAGGCCGAGGCCACCCGCAAGGCAAGCCGCGUGGUCUGGGCCAACCUGGUGGUGUUCGUGGUCUGCUUCCUGCCGCUGCACUUGGUGCUGACCGUCUCCUUCAGCAUGGUGCCACACAGCUGCGCCUGGCGCCUGAGGUUCCGCUGCCUGAUCUACCUCACCUCCCGGCUCUCAGACGCCAACUGCUGCCUGGAUGCCAUCUGCUACUACUACAUGGCCAAGGAAUUCCAGGAGGUCUGCAAGGCCGGCCUCACUGCCAAGGCCCACAAGAGCCAGGACUCCCUGUGCGUGACCCUCACCUAG